AUGACUGGUCGAGGUGGUGGUGCUGGACGCAAAACUCUUCUUGCACCAAUCCAUUUCAUAUUCAGCCUGCUGCAGAAGCGUUCGACGGUGUCAAUAUGGCUCUAUGAGAACCUGCGCACGCGCAUCGAGGGCAGAAUCCGGGGUUUCGACGAAUUCAUGAAUCUUGUUAUUGACGAUGCGGUUGAGGUACAAAUGGCCACACGAGAUGCUCCAGGCAAGAGAAGGCAGCUUGGUAAGAGUCAAGAUCCACUGUGA